CCGCCGCCGGCUGAUGAGUCACUAUAUAAGACAGGCAAGGACAAGAAGGUGUAUGUUAGUACACACUAAAUCCUCUGGUAGCUCGCACGCGCCGGCUAUCCAUACCGAGAGAGUGAGAGAGCAGGCGAGGCGAGCACAACGCAGCAUCAGAGUUUACGCGUACUUUGUACACGCUACACAUCGUUGCUGCUCGUUGUUUUUUUUCCGUUCAUUUCUUCUCGUCUCCUCGGUGAGCAAGUGCGGCGCUUCUCUUGUCAAGCUCGCUCGAAGCUUUAGCGCCUAUGAGACGGAGCACACGAGUCGUCGCAGUUGACUCGAGACUUUGAAAAUCGGUAUCGCGCCAGGCAUCUCAGUGUCGCUACAAGUUCGAUCGUCUAUCGACGAGAUUGAGGAAAGAAAGCAGCACGGAUCGGCACAGUAGCUAAGAUGUUCGUCGAACACGGAAUCCAGUGGCUGUACGCGGCAAUCGGCGGCACUCGCGCCGACGCCUUCCACACCCUUCUGGUGUUCUUCGGGGUGCUGGUGGCGGUGCGGCUGGUGCAGUGGUACCGGCAGCUGCGCUCGUUGCCCCCGGGGCCCUGGGGUCUGCCGCUCUUCGGCUACCUGCCCUUCAUGAACGGCGUCGACAUGCACCUCCGCUUCGGUGAACUGGCCAAGAAGUACGGCUCGAUGUUCUCCGCGAGACUGGGCACCCAGCUGGUCGUCGUGCUCAGCGACUACAGGAUCAUCCGGGAGACCUUCAGACGCGAGGAGUUCACCGGCAGGCCCCACACCGAGUUUAUCAACAUACUGGGUGGAUACGGAAUCAUAAACUCCGAAGGCGCCCUGUGGAAAGACCAAAGAAGAUUCAUCCACGAGAAGUUACGCAACUUCGGUAUGACCUACAGAGGAACCGGCAAAAAAGUCAUGGAGUCGACGAUCAUGAAGGAAGUCGACCUUUUCAUCCGAGGCCUGGAGGUGAAGGAAGGCGCCCCGACCAGCGUCUCCUUCUCGCUCGGCAUGUCGAUCACGAACGUUAUCUGCUCGAUCAUCAUGGGCGUGCGGUUCAAGCACGGCGACAGCCGCUUCAAGCGCUUCAUGAGCCUGAUCGAGGAGGGCUUCAAGCUUUUCGGCCGGCUGAGCUUUGUCAACUACAUCCCCAUGUUCCGCUACCUUCCCUGGCUGCAAUCGGUGAAGACCAAGCUGAGCGCCAACCGCGAGGAGAUGGCCGACUUCUUCCAAGAGACCGUCGACCAGCACAAGGCCACCUUCGACGAGAACAACAUACGCGACCUCGUCGACACCUACUUGCUCGAGAUCGAGAAAGCCAAGGCCGAGGGCCGCGAGGACAAGCUCUUUCAAGGAAAGAAUCACGAUCGUCAGCUGCAGCAGAUCCUGGGAGAUCUGUUCUCCGCAGGUAUGGAGACCGUCAAGACGACCCUCGAGUGGGCCGUGAUCCUGAUGCUUCACCAUCCGGAAGCCGCCCGCGCCGUCCAGGAAGAGCUCGACCAGGUGGUCGGCAGACAGCGCAUGCCUUCCCUCGAGGACCUGCCCUUCCUACCGAUCACCGAGGCCACGAUCCUUGAAGUUCUCCGCAGGACGAGCAUCGUGCCGCUCGGCACCACCCACGCCACGACUCGCGAGGUCAAUCUGAACGGCUUCACGAUCCCAUCGGGCUCACAGGUGGUCCCCCUGCUGCACGCGGUUCAUAUGGACGAGGAGCUCUGGGAAGAGCCAGCCAAGUUCCAGCCGAGCCGCUUCCUCACAGCCGAGGGCAAGGUCCACAAGCCCGAGUACUUCAUGCCCUUCGGAGUCGGCAGGCGCAUGUGCCUCGGCGACGUACUCGCCCGCAUGGAGCUUUUCCUCUUCUUCUCGACUCUGCUGCACACGUUCGACUUCCGACUGCCCGAGGGCGCCUGUCUGCCCAGUCUCAAGGGUAACGCCGGCGUCACCGUCACCCCCGACCCCUUCAGGGUCUGCUUGAUCAGGAGGGAUAGGGACGUGCCGCUGAGGAGCGCCGGAUCCAAGUAGAAGAAUCGAUCUGAGCUCGCCCGUUUUUCUUUAGUUUCUCAAUGAGAAACGAGCGAGUUUAUGUUUUAAAAGUAAGCACGGUUGCCGUUCCUAUUUCGCUCCGAGCGAGCGAGACGAAAGCGCAGACUUAUUCUCUCGAGUGUGCGAGGUUUUUUUUUCUUUUCCGAUUUGCGUUUGGAUUGUAUACGACGAGAUAGCGGCGCGAUUGCUACAGUUUUUUUUUAAUUAUCUUGCGGUGAGCUUCGAAUUCUCAAGCUUGCCGAUUAUAUUGGACUGACCGGAGCUUUCGCGUCUGGCUUGGUGAGAAACAUACAAUUUUGAGUUGACAUGCGACAAUUGCGAACGAAAGAGAAAAACGGCCUGAAACGACAAUGUUCAAUGCAAAGCAAUGCAAAAGUGAAUUUCCGCCUAUAUCUCGCUCAGAAAUCUAUUAAGAUUAGGGAGCGAUCGAAGCCAUCAGUCAUUAAGCUUCGAGCUGCUUGAAACAAUUUUUUAGAAAGUAUAAUACGAAGAAGGCGAUAGGAAAAAAAUAUAAUAUCCAAAGUAGAGCGAGAGCGAGGUGAAAUUCACUUCGUUCAUGAGGGCGCGAUGCGCGCCGAGCUUCGAGGACGGAAUCUCCCUUAUUUUUUAGGGUCCUCGAUUGGAAAAACACGUGGAUUCCCUCCUCUUCCUCGGCCGCGACUUUAGAGUACAAAAAUAAAAAGAAGACAAGAAAAAAUCGAAGCCUCGGAAGGUUUGAAGAGCUCUGCAUGUGUUCUUAAGACCAAUUUUUUUUUUUUUUUUUGCAACCCGUGUCGAUUAUUCUUUGUAUAUGUUUGUUUGUUUUUAAUAUUAUAUAGAUAUAUCCCGCCGCCAUAAUAUUUAUUUAUGUAAAAAGACAACACCGCUUCGCGACAGCAGCUUUUUUAAUUUAUUCCCCACAGCCUAGCUAUAACCGACAGUUACCGGCAAUAGUUUUCUCUCUUUAUUGUUUAAUUAUCAUCACUAUUAUAAUCCAUGGUUUUUGACCGUUAUGUUGUAAUCUCGUUUAACUGCAACCCAACAGAAGAGUCCUUGUACUCUCGUCAAGCAUCAUAAUAUAUUACAUCAGUUUUGUUCAAAAAGAAAAGCAGAUUACAGAUCCGUAGAGAGAGCUGCACGCAGAGGGUGGCUUCGCCGUAGAGUUCCUUUUAUACUUGUAUGUACAUACGACCACUUAAUAUGCUAAUAUGCUAAUUGUAAGUGUCUAUUCUUUAGGAUAACGCGUGCCUGAAUUGUGAUUGCGAGCUUGUUUUAUACCUUGUGUAUCUGUGAAAAAGAGCUGUAUACGACUAUUAGUUAUUUAUAGUGACGUACAGAGGAGAGCGAGAAGAAAGAAAAAAAAGGAAAGAUCAAGCGAUUGUUUACCAAUAAGAUCGUCGUCGAUUUAUACAUUUACACGGACGAUUGUCGACGCGCGAUCGUUAUAGCUCAGCUUGCAAUAGAAGCGUUCUAUGGAUUUUUCUAGUCCAUGAUCUUUUCUCAAACUUGUUGUUGAUUUUUUUCUUUCUUUUUUCUCUCUUCCUUCGAUUCGAAUGCUGAUGAGUGCACGCAUGUGUGAGUCCGUUUAUGAUGUGCGAUCGUCAGAUCGAGCCGAAUGCCGCCGCACUGUGUUCACCUGUCGACCGCGAAUUCAUGUGUCGUAAGCCGUACGAUUUAAUAUUGAAACAUCUUUUUUUACAAAAUGACAAAAUAAUAAUAAAAAUUACUUAUUGAAAAA